CGGCCCUUCCCCGCCCCCCGACAUGGGGCUGCCCGGGGAGCAGGACGCUGCGGACCGCGGCGGAGGACGCGCCUGGCGCCCCUGAGCCGGCCGAGCGGCGCGGACCGCGAGAUGAGGAAAAUGAGGCCCAAAGAAGUUAUGCCACUUGGUUAAGGUCCCAAAGCAGGUCAAAACCAGAUCUAGGAUCAGAAACCUGGCUCCUGGCUCUCUCUUCUUCUAAGGAUCGCCUUUCCUGACAAAAGAGGUAAGGAACUCCACUACAUGAAUUGAAGAAGGAUAAGGUUGGCACUGCUUUGCUUCUUUCUUUAUUGAAGUUUCUUCCUCUCUGAUCAAGCUUCAGCAUAUCUCCUUACAGCAUAUGAUACACAGAAUUUCUCUUUCCUAAAAUGGAGUCAAGUAAAAAGAUGGACUCCGCUGGCCCGCUGCAGACUAACCCACCGCUAAAGCUGCAUCCUGACCGCAGCGCUGGGACCUCAGUUUUCGUCCCUGAACAAGGAGGCUACAAAGAAAAGUUUGUGAAGGCUGUGGAAGACAAGUACAAGUGUGAGAAGUGCCGCCUGGUGCUGUGCAACCCAAAGCAGACCGAGUGUGGACACCGGUUCUGCGAGACCUGCAUGGCUGCCCUGCUGAGCUCCUCAAGUCCAAAAUGUACAGCGUGUCAAGAAAGCAUCAUUAAAGAUAAGGUGUUUAAGGAUAAUUGCUGCAAGAGAGAGAUUCUGGCUCUUCAGAUCUAUUGUCGGAAUGAAAGCAGAGGUUGUGCAGAACAGUUAACGCUGGGACAUCUGUUGGUACACUUAAAAAAUGAUUGCCAGUUUGAGGAGCUUCCAUGUGCGCGUGCUGACUGCAAAGAAAAAGUCUUGAGAAAAGACCUACGUGAUCACGUGGAAAAGGCCUGUAAAUACCGGGAGGCCACAUGCAGUCACUGCAAAAGUCAAGUCCCCAUGAUCACAUUGCAGAAACACGAAGACACCGAGUGUCCUUGCGUGGUGGUGUCCUGCCCUCACAAGUGCAGCGUCCAGACUCUGCUGAGGAGCGAGGGCACAAACCAGCAGAUCAAGGCCCACGAGGCCAGCUCCGCAGUGCAGCAUGUCAACCUGCUGAAGGAGUGGAGCAGCUCCCUGGAGAAGAAGGUUUCCUUGCUGCAGAAUGAAAGUGUAGAGAAAAACAAGAGCAUACAGAGUUUGCACAAUCAGAUAUGUAGCUUUGAAAUUGAAAUUGAGAGACAAAAGGAAAUGCUUCGAAAUAAUGAAUCCAAAAUACUUCAUUUACAGCGAGUAAUAGACAGCCAAGCAGAGAAACUGAAAGAGCUCGACAAAGAGAUCCGUCCCUUCCGGCAGAACUGGGAGGAAGCGGACAGCAUGAAGAGCAGUGUGGAGUCCCUGCAGAACCGCGUGACUGAGCUGGAGAGCGUGGACAAGAGCGCUGGGCAGGUGGCUCGGAACACAGGCUUGCUGGAGUCCCAGCUGAGCCGGCACGACCAGAUGCUGAGUGUCCACGACAUCCGUCUGGCCGACAUGGACCUGCGGUUCCAG